AUCUCAAAUAACUUGCCAACACUACACUGCAGUGCUAAAUGGUGAACCCCAAACAUGUUGUAAAGGAGACUGAUUGACCUGGUAGCUUCGCAGCAGGACAAUUACUUGUUCUUUGAAGACAAAAAAGCAGUCUACUUGACUGUUCAACGGUCACAUACGCCCUACUGAAGUGAGCUUUUACCAUGCGGGUGGUUCAGCUCAAAGCAAAGCAGAUCGUCAGACUUGCCAUUGGUGUUGGCAUUUUCUUCAGCAUCAUUUUGAUUUUGAUGAAGAUGCUCCAGUCACCUCCUCAAAAAUCGUAUUCCAGCAGCAACUUUGAAAAGCUUUCAGAUGCUCUUCCACCACCAAACAAGCAGUGGAAUGCAUUGAACCCGAUCAAAUUUGCAGAAAACUUUUUACGAGCUCCCAUAAAGAGAGAGAAUACAAAGGAUGAUGAGCCAUUUCCAGAGAAACAGUUGGGUCCUGCAGCUGUUUUUAAGAAAGGAGUUAUUGGCAACUACGAGCCACGAGAUGUGAAACAGUAUGGGCCAGGAGAAGAAGGCAAACCAGUAGUUGUCAGUCUUGAUGAAAAGGACGAUGCUGAUCGAGAAACAAAGGAGUAUGGUUUCAAUAUGGUGGCUAGUGAAAAAGUCGCCAUGAAUCGGACAGUACCAGAUACGAGGAUGCCGGAAUGUAAAUAUUGGCACUAUCCUGAAGAUUUACCAACAGCAAGUGUGAUCCUGGUGUUCUUCAACGAAGGCUGGUCCACCCUUGUAAGGACUGUGCAUAGCGUCAUCAACACCAGCCCUCCAAAACUUCUUAAAGAAGUUGUUCUCAUUGAUGAUGGCAGUGAUUAUGAUUUUUUGAAGGACAAGUUAGAGAACUACAUCAAGCAGUUCAAUGGACUCGUCAAGAUUUUCAGGAACUCUGAGCGUCUCGGCUUGAUCACAGCUCGUACAAAAGGAGCAGAGCACUCCAGUGGAGAUGUCAUAGUAUUCCUUGAUGCUCACUGUGAAUGUAAUAAAAAUUGGCUACCACCUUUGCUUACCCGUAUCAGACACGACAGAACGAUUCUGGCAGUACCUAUAGUAGAUGGUAUCAAUUGGGAUACAAUGGCCUACUAUCCUGUGUAUGAUCAUCAUCACCAUCGGGGAAUUUUUGAGUGGGGGUUUCUGUACAAAGAGGGACUCGUUCCUCAGAAAGUUCUUGACAAAAGGGACCAUCCAAGUGAACCUUAUGCCUCACCCACUCACGCUGGUGGACUCUUGGCAAUGGAUCGGAAUUACUUCUUUGAGCUAGGAGGUUAUGACCCUGGCCUCAAGAUCUGGGGAGGAGAAAACUAUGAACUUGCUUUCAAGGUUUGGAUGUGUGGUGGUAGUUCUGAGUGGGUGCCGUGCUCCCGAGUUGGCCACAUCUAUAGAGGACCUCGCAUUGGUGGGGCACCCAAGAAAAGGAUGAAGGAACCCAAAGUACCACAUUCCUAUGCUAACUAUUUACGUGUUGUGGAAGUGUGGAUGGAGGAUGAGUUCAAGGAAUAUUUCUAUGCCCGAGAACCAUGGCUGAGGGGAGCACCAUUUGGAGAUGUCAGCGAGCAGCUGAGAAUCAAAAAGGAGAAAAAUUGCAAGAGUUUCCGUUGGUUUAUGGAAAAUGUUGCCUAUGAUGUGUAUGAUAAGUUUCCAGCAUUGCCACCAAAUGUUGCGUGGGGUGAGAUUCGCCACAAAGGCAGUGACCGUAAGUGCUGGGACACAAUUGGUCAGUCGGUGAAUGGAGGACCCAUUGGGGUGUUCUUUUGUCAUGGGCAAGGUGGUAAUCAGUUGUUCCGCAUCAACACCAAGGGCCAGCUGGGUCUCGGAGAGCGUUGCAUCAUGGAGCAGAACCGGGACACACUCCACAUUCACGUGUGUGAUACCCAGCCCGAGGGGCCGUGGGAGUUUGACAAAGCUUUUGGUCAGAUCAAGCACACACACCUGAACAAGUGCAUUGGGACAUCCAAAGAUGACAAGCUCCACCUACAGCCGUGUGACACGGACAACGAGUCGCAGCAGUGGGAGAUCAAUGAGAUCUACCCUUGGAAAAGAUAAAGAGGAGGAGCUUUAUCAUGGGAGAUAUUGAGAUGAGAAAUACUGUGUUUACGGGAUGCGUUUUGGGGGGGUAUUUUUAUUUUGGGAUGG